AUGUCAUUCCGAAUGAUAUUGAACCUCGUUUUGUCCCUCUUUUUCCUUUCGAGUAUCUUAGUCACCGCUAGACCAACACUAUCCAAUGCAGCUCUUCUCAAGAGGGGUCUACCGCCGAAACCUCCUCUCAGGAGAUACAACGCCACGGCCACUCGACAUUAUCUUCCUAAACGAUCAACUGACAACAAUGUAUAUCUUAGAGCAUCACCCAUCGUCAAUACUAAACGUGAUCUAUCAGAGAAGGAGAUGAAAGAAAGAGCCGGGACACCAUUUGACACAGUUUCUUAUCUCUAUUUCGACACUUCUACUUUACAUAUGGGUUUGCUGAUAUUCACGCAGACGAUCAAUCCAUCCGAUGCUACACCUCUAUACAUAACCGGAACGGGUGAAGAGCAAGACGUAUCUUUCGUACGUCAGGGCAUCACGACCUUUUAUAUCGAUACCAGCUAUCAAGGAGGUAAGGACUUUAUUGGCAAUAUGGAACCUGGUAUUGGUUUUGAGACAGCUACACCUAUUCAAUAUGGAACAGACAAUCAAGUAUUCAUUUGGACGAUACCAUCCACUUUACCAGGAUCAGCCGGUUUAACAUACCAUAAUAUCGAUAGAACGAAAACGACCAAUGCCAAAUUCUUCGUCGUUACUUCUUCUAACCCUGACACGGGUUCUUACUCGAACGUCUUAGGGGCGGCUUUACAACAAUCAGAUUUUUCAGAUUAUUACACCGCUACUGCUCAACAGGUAGAUCUGACAUGGGUGACAAGUGUAUAUGACUAG